AUGCUUGCCAGGUCGUGUUUGCGCUCGACGCGCACCUUCAAUGGCCUCCGGAACGGCCCUUCUGCUGUCACCAAGCGUGCCGCUUCCUCGAGCUCCAGCGCCGCCAGCGAUGCCUCUGCCACUCGAUUGAACCUGGCUGCCGCCGCCUCGACUACCCUCGCCCUCGGCUCCAUGGCCUGGUACUAUCACCUUUAUGGACCUGUUGCCUUUGCUAUGACUCCCGCUGAAGAGGGACUUCACCCUACCAAGUACCCUUGGGUUCACAACAAGUGGUUCAAGACCUUCGACCAUCAGGCUCUCCGCCGUGGUUUCCAGGUUUACCAGGAGGUCUGCCAGUCCUGCCACUCCCUCAGCCGAAUCCCCUACCGAACUCUCGUUGGCUCCGUCUUGACCGUUGACGAGGCCAAGGCCCUUGCCGAGGAGAACGAGUACCCCGGUGAGCCCGAUGAGCAGGGCGAGAUCCAGAUGCGCCCCGGAAAGCUGGCCGAUUACAUGCUGCCUCCUUACAAAAACGAGGAGGCUGCUCGAUUUGCCAACAACGGUGCUCUUCCCCCGGAUCUGUCUCUUAUCAUCAAGGCCCGUCACGGUGGCUGUGACUACAUCUUCAGCUUGCUCACCGGCUACCCUGAAGAGCCCCCCGCUGGUGUCCAGGUCGCUCCCGGCAUGAACUUCAACCCUUACUUCCCCGGUACCGGUAUCGCCAUGGCCCGUGUCCUUUACGACGGUCUCGUUGAGUAUGAGGAUGGUACUCCCGCCACCACCUCUCAGAUGGCCAAGGAUGUUGUCGAGUUCCUCAACUGGGCUGCCGAGCCCGAGAUGGACGACCGAAAGCGAAUGGGUAUGAAGGUCCUUGUCGUCUCUGCCUCUCUGUGGGCCGUCAGUGUCUGGGUAAAGCGAUACAAGUGGGCUUGGUUGAAGUCUCGAAAGAUCGCCUACGAUCCCCCUAAGGAGGUCAAGGUCCGCCGCUAA